GUUUAUUUGACAUUGGAGGGAUCCUGAGACCAGAGGAUCCGGUGGAAAUCGACUGAUCCAGCAAGGCCAGAAAAGACAUAUUGUUCCAGAAAGGGUCUGCAAUGGACAGAAAAAGCAAAGGUUGCUGUUUACUGAUGAUUCUACUAAUUAGAAUGGCUCCAACUCUCUCUUCUACUGUAAGUUAUACUGACCCCACCUUAGCACCUGUAGCAGCCGAACACUCAGCAGUGCAUCAGAAGAUAGUAGAUUCGCAGUUCAAGUGCUAUGAGAGGAUGAACAGAACACCUCCUUACAAGAAAAAAGGGUUAUUCUGUAACCGGACAUGGGAUGGAUGGCUAUGUUGGGAUGAUACACCUGCUGGAGAAUUUGCUGACCAAAAUUGCCCUGAUUAUUUUCCAGAUUUUGAUCCAACCGAAACAGCAACGAAAUACUGUGAUAAGACAGGAACGUGGUUCCGCCACCCUGAAAGCAAUCGAACGUGGUCUAACUAUACACGCUGCAACUCUUUCACAAAUGAAAAACGUAAGAUGGUAUUCAUACUUUAUUACAUGACCAUUGUAGGACAUGCUUUAUCGAUAACCUCCUUGUUGAUAUCCUUGGGGAUCUUCUUCUAUUUCAAGAGCCUCAGCUGUCAAAGGAUCACGCUGCACAAGAAUUUGUUUUUUUCCUACGUCCUUAACUCAGUGUUUACACUCGCCCAUCUCAUUGCAGUAGUGUCUGACCGAGAUUUGGUAAAAAAUGAUCCAGUGAGCUGCAAAGUGCUUCAGUUUUUCCACCAAUACAUGAUGGGCUGUAACUACUUCUGGAUGCUUUGUGAAGGCAUUUAUCUUCAUACUCUCAUAGUGGUGGCAGUUUUUGCUGAAGAGCAACGUUUGCACUGGUAUUACCUCUUGGGUUGGGGGUUUCCUUUAGUGCCAGCAUCAAUUCAUGCUGUGGCAAGAACCAAAUACUUUAAUGACAACUGCUGGAUUAGUGUCGAUACACACUUGCUAUAUGUUGUCCAUGGGCCUGUGAUGGCAGCUUUACUGGUCAAUUUUUUCUUCUUGCUCAACAUUGUACGAGUCUUGGUAACAAAACUGAGAGACACCCAUCGAGCUGAGUCCAACAUGUACAUGAAAGCUGUCAGAGCCACUUUAAUCCUUGUGCCCUUAUUAGGAAUUCAGUUUGUCAUUAUUCCCUGGAGACCAGAAAACAAACUUGCUGGCGAAGUCUAUGAUUACAUCAUGCAUAUAUUAAUGCAUUACCAGGGGUUACUUGUGGCAACAAUUUUCUGCUUCUUCAAUGGAGAGGUCCAAGGAGCUUUGAAGAGGCAGUGGAUGCAGUACAAAACCCAGUGGGGUCAAAGGCGGCGAGAACAUUGCUCUACGCGAUCUACCUCCUACACAGCAACUUCUAUCACAGAGGUCCCAAUUUACCUAUAUCAUCAUGAUUCCAACAGUGAACAGUUUAAUGGAAAAUAUAUAGAUGACUCUGAACUGGUUGCCUUAAAAUCAGGAGAGACGUCUGCCUAGUUUUUACACAGCAGGCACAACAUUUUGUUUGUGAAGAAGAAGAGAAGGUGAAGCCACCAAGGCCGGUGCAAGAUGGGGCUCGGUCGGGUGACAGGACGCAUCUUGUGCAAAUUACAGAAACUCGGCUAUCUGGUAGAGAGAACUCAAAGAGAGUCUGACAGAAAUAGAAAAGUGGUCAGUGGCUCCAACAGUCAAAGGCUGCAUUAAGAGCAAAAAAAGGACCAAAGUUGGAGCGGGACCAGUGAGAAGCAUGAGAUUUCAUCUGUCCCCUACCUUGGUCACAUGAAAGGAGGAUGCCGUAAUAAGAAACAACUUCCCUUGAACCUCCCACUGGGAGAUGCCAUUGUUUCUACAAGUGGAUCUUUGUUCCUGAAACUGAGCUAAAUGCAGACAGGAGACAAUCCACAGCUUUUUCAUUCAAUACUUUCAUUUUACUCUAGACAUCUGAAAUAGAAAUAUGAGUUAUUUGUAAGUGGCUUGGAAAGCUUUUAUUCUUUGAAUAUCCAUCAGCUGAGAUGCUUUCCUAACAUUUUUUUGUACUUAGAGCAAACAAUUAAAACAAAUCAUUCCAUUGUAUUUAAACCCUCAAUAUCUCAAGAGGAUGGCAUUCAGUAUUAUUUUAACAUCCAACACAGGACAAAAAUGAAGGUAAACUAUUUAUUGUGUCACAAACUGUCAAAAAGAAUUGAUUAAGCAUAAGAAACACAGUGUUCUGUCAGAAAGUCUCAUGAGAGAACCAGGAGACUGUGUGAUAUUCCAUUUUCUGGAAGCUUGAUAUUAAUCAUGUAAAGGGAAAUUUUCAGCCAUAUUUUUCAGCCCAACUAUCAGACAUAUGGAACAUUUUUUUCUCUGCAAAUAAACUGUGAAAUGUAUUUGGAUUUUUUUUCUUUAUAAUUGUAUGUAACUCUGCUUCUAAAUAUUCAGCAUAUACAGGUAUAUCUCAGUUUAUGAAGUCGAUGUGUAUGUGGACAUGACUUCCUUCACAGAAAAUUUGGAAAUGACAGAAAGAGCAAGAUUCUGUUCCAGGAAUGACUUCUUUUUCUUUCCCUUUCUUCCACUUUCCUUAUGAUUUCCCUUUCAGUAGCCAGAUGUACAGGGUGCAGCAGCAUAACUUCCUUUUUUCAAAACUUAAUAAAACCCAUUGUAUGAAUCAGAAUUUUUUUAUAUAAUGUAGGCGCAUACCUAAAGUUUUGUUUUACGUAGUUUUGAAGAUCAAAUUAGGUAGGUGACAUCCCCCAUUCUCCAUACACUGAGUAAACCGAUUUCUGGCGUUUGUCAUGACUCUUGCCAGCAUAGCAGGCGUUAUGUUGGCAAUUUCUUCCUGGAUGUUAGUCUUCAAAUCUUGUAUGGAGUUUUUUGAAAUCCCGUGUUUAUGUGAACCAUCCAAGGACCCUACAAGAUUUGAAGACCAACAUCCAGGAAGAAAUUGCCAACAUAACGCCUGCUAUUUUAAUAACUGGGGCGACUUACAGGGAGCGGUCAACCCCCCUGUUUAAGGAGCUCCACUGCUGCCAUUUACUUUC